AUGCAGUCCUUCAAAGAACAUAGCAUGAACGGCACCAGCUUCCACAUUAUGGAAGAGCCAGCGCUGACUAGACGAAGAUUGAGGCUCGUAUGCGUUGGUGCUGGCUACUCCGGCUUGACUUUAGCCCACAAGGUACAGCAUGAAAAGAAGCUUGAAGAUGUGAUCGAUUUGCAAAUAUACGAGAAGAAUGAGGAGGUGGGAGGUACUUGGUACGAAAACACCUACCCAGGAGCUGCCUGUGAUAUCCCCGCCCGACCAGAGAUUCAGGCAUACAUCAAAGCUACUUCUGUCAAGUACAACCUCGAAAAACACGUGCAAUGUAACUCUAAAGUGCUAGAGACUGUCUGGGAUGGCCAAGUGGGCAAAUGGAAGGUUAAGGUCGAUAUUAACGGUUCCAUCUACGAAGAUGAGGCAGACAUCUUGAUCAAUGGAUCGGGAUUUUUGAACAAGUGGAAGUGGCCAGAAAUUGCUGGGUUGCAUGACUUCAAGGGAAAGCUAGUACACAGUGCUAGAUGGGAUAAAUCCUAUGAUUGGGAAGGCAAAAAGGUUGCUGUUAUUGGCAAUGGCUCUUCUGGAAUUCAGAUUGUUCCGACCAUGAAACCGAAAGUUGAGAAACUGACAACAUACAUCCGAAACCCGACCUGGAUAUCCAUCAACUUCUGCGCCGACAAGGCAAUCGAUGGGAAGAACUUUGCAUACACCGAAGAGGAACGAAAUCUGUUUCGAGAGGAUCCCAAAGUAUUGCACAAACUGCGUAAAGAGCUCGAGGCAUCUGUGAACGGUUUCUUCUUUGGGAUGGUGACUGGACAUCCAUUCCAACAGGGUCUGGAAGAAGCUUGCAAAGCCCGGAUGACUGCCACCCUCAAAGACUACCCCGAGAUGGCGGCCCGACUUAUUCCUGGCUUCCAUCCUGGCUGCCGUCGUUUAACUCCCGGAGACGGCUAUUUGGAGACCUUCACCCAACCAAAUGCGAGCAUUUGCUGGUCUCCCAUUGAGUGCAUCACAGAGAAAGGCAUCAAGACGGCUGACGGCGAGGAGGAGUUUGACAUGAUAGUCUGCGCCACCGGCUUCGACACCACGUUCAUCCCGCCAUGGAAGCUGGUUGGCCUAAAUGGUGCUACUCUAGAGGAGAGAUGGAAAGUUGACCCUGAUGCUUUCUUCGCGGUACAAGUCGACACUAUGCCCAACUACUACAUCUUCAAUGGACCCAAUUGCCCUAUCAGUCACGGAAGUGUCUUGACGCAAAUCAGCUGGACUUGCGACUAUAUACUGCGCUGGGCGACCAAAAUUGCCACGCAAGACAUCAAAUCGAUCACACCAAAAGCUCAGAGCGUUGCCGACUUCAAUGAAUACUCGCAAAAGUUUCUCAAGCGGACGGUGUGGGCCGACAAUUGCCCCUCCUGGUAUAAGAACGGGAAAUCAACCGGCACCGUGACGGGCACGUACGCCGGCUCCAUCCUCCACUUCAAAGAUGCCUUGGAGUCCCUCGACGCCGAGCAUUUCGAUAUUGUACACAAGAGCAAGAAUGCAUUCCAAUGGCUUGGAAACGGACAAAGCACGAAGGAUGAGAACGGCUUUGGCCAAUUGGCGUGGUAUAUGGAUGAGAUGAGGAUCUAA